AUGAUGCGGUCGUUGUUUGUGGAUUUUCUACGCAACCAACAGAAUAAUCAUGAAUGGCUCAUCACGUUUGGUACGAAUCUGUUUGAUUGGAUCAUUCAGAAUUCUGGUAUGAAAAUUUCUGUUUCUUCUUCUUCAUCGUUUUCAUCAUCCAUAGUAGCUACCUCAUCUUCAAUCAUUUCCAACCAACAGGAUCCAAUGAGAAAUUCCAUUAGAAUAUCGGAACAACUACUACAAGAAAUUUCAUCCAUUCAUGGUGUAACAGCAACAACCAAUCAUACCGCUCAUGAUAUUGCACUCGUUAGAGGCUUCAUUCUUACCUUUGAUAUUUGUUUCUUAUUGGUUCCGUUGGUAUUAACCAUUGUCAUUCCGUUACUGUAUGAAAUAUUUGUGGUUCGUAAAAUUCUGGACAAACUGAAAACGACGUUUCAUCGACGGAGAAGUAGUCGACGGAAAACACCGUCCAUGUACUAUUCAAAAUAUGGACGAUUUGAGGAUAGUAUUGAAGCAUUUGCAGUCGAGGAGCAAGAUAAAGAGGAACAUCAGAGAAGUUCUUUGGUUUGGAGGAUGAUGUGCUUUUUCGGAUGGAGAAAUUUCAAGAAUUUUGCCUUGUCAACACCAUUGGGAAUUGACAACUCGUUGGCAUCUAUUAAUGAGAAUGGCUCGUUUGCCAUGUAUCAUUCGACACCGUUCCAAUUAUUAGAUCGAAUGUGUUCGAGUUGUUCAACCAUUAGCUCCUAUUCCACUAGUGAACAUGACCCUCUCAUUACAGAUACAAAUGUUUCUGUGAAAAUUCGAUCAGUGACACCAAAAAGCGUUCACAAGUAUAACGUUUCUUGUUGGAUUUCGAGUGCAAUUUUAUUAUUUAUUCGCCUUGGAAAUUUGACACUUGCAAUUGUCACUGCUGUUUAUAUUUAUCAAUUCGAAAAUAGAGGAAAUAGAAGUGUGGCCGAUAUAUGGUUCAAUUACACCAAAUAUCUCACCAAUAAUACCUUUAAUUUAUUUCUACUCUAUACCAUUGUGGUCAUGAUAUAUCAUGUGACACUCUUAGUCGUGGCAUUUAUUUAUAAGAGGAAGAGAAAUAGCAUUGGAAGUGGCAAUACAGACACUGUCACAUUUCCAUACGUAGAUAUCAUGCCUCCAUGGUUGGAAAAAUUAUUGAACUGGAGCGGAAAUGUCGUAUGGAUCAUUUCUGAAUUGAAUUUAGUAGCCAGUGGAGUUGUGACUAUAGGAUUUUGGGCAGUUAUCAUCCCAACAGGAAAUUUUCCAAUCGAUCGAAUUACUUUCAUGAUCGUUUCUGCUCAUGCUUUAACAUUUACUGGUAGCGUCAUUGAGGCCCUGUUUUCAGACUUUUAUUUUAGAUUCUGGCAUAUAUUUCUUGUGGGUUUAUAUUGUCCAACCUAUCUCUUGUACGUCAUUGGAUUGAAAGAGACGAAUCUCAUUCGAACACUACCAUAUGGCGACUUGCUAGAUUACAAUAAGGGAGACACUGCAUUUCUUGGACAUUUAGGAUUUUUAAUUGGAUUUUAUGUCAUUUUCAUCGUAUUUUGGUUAUUAUUGACCUUAUUCAAAAAGUUACUCGUCAUCAAAUGCUGUGGAAUUUAUGCAUUUCCUUCUCACAUUGAGAACCGAGCUCAAGCAGCUCCCACUUCCUUCAACAACAAUAGCAAACCAUCCAAUCCUAUUGAAUUUUAUCAAUCAAGCUUUGUAGCAGCUGGUCGUGUCGAUGUUUCCUCCAUUCGUCAUCACCAUUCCCGAAGUAUUAGUCUUUCGAGUAGUAUUGGUGGUGAAGACGAGGCAGAACAAUUCACGACUCUUCCAAAAAGUUAUCAAAAUUAUUCAGAAGUUGAGAGUUCAGGUUGGAAUGCUGGCUCUCGUUUGUAG